UUCUGAAUGCGGGUCGGCUUACGUGGCGUUCUGGGUUUCUCCGGCGGCUAUUUUACUCGCGCCGAACUCGCUUGCGAGGUUGGUGGAUCGGCGCCGACUGCAACCUGCGACUGCUGCCACCAAGAGGAAGUGACACUGCUGCAAUUGCCAGUGCCGCCCCGCACAAAGAACAGCGGCGGCAUUGGAGCAGCGGCGGCAUCUAGCAGCGAACGCGACUCCUUGGAGCGAGGCCCGCGAGAGAAGCCUUUGCGACGACCGCCAAAUUUGAAGGAUCAAUGCCCCCCUGACGGCGCCCCCUACUUCGCCUGCCUCGCUCAGGGCGAUCGGGCGGCUCGUGGACGAGGCGAAACGUGAGGCAAGUCGAUACAAACAUGUGAAAAUUAAGCAUGCGCGCAAACUGAUGGCCGCGCGCGCCCAACAGGGAAAAUAAGACGAGCUGGAAAAGGAGAGCGCGCGACCCUCGAAGUCCAAUCGAGAAGAAAAAGGCAGUUGGAUAUAAUCCCCGAUCAUAUCGGGCUCUCCUGGGCACCCCAUUCGGAAGCAAAACAUCGCGUGGCAUCCGCCCGCUCGCGUUCCACCCGCCCGCCGCGAACUUCGACGCCUUGACAGCCCAUGUUGGGGCGUGCCUGCGUGCGUGCGCGCGCGCGUGUGUGUGUGUGUGUGUAUCACCCCUUCCCUGUCCCACGACAUCUGGCUGUGCUCGCUGUGGCCCGUGACGGGCUGUUCGCUCGGCGACCGUGGCAAUGGCACAACCGCCUGGACCUGCGCGAUCUCCGGGGUGACGUUGGCCGCGCCGAUCACCGCCACCGCUGGCAUCGUCGGGGCCACGUCGGCUGCUGCCGCCGACGCCCCCGCGGCGGGGCCAGCCCCCGCCGCCUCCGAGUCCGCCGCCAAACCGAAACAUGGCGUGAGGGGCACAGCCGCCGCGGCCGCCGCCCCGCCCGAGGGGGACCGAGAGCAAACGCGCGCCGCGGCGGCCAUCGGGGGAGCGCGCAAUCGGCAAGCGGGCGGCGAGCGGCGCAGGCAAGGGCCUCGACUCGAGCUGGCUCGGCC